AUGCAUCAUAAACAAACCUCUAACGAAUCAUUAUCGGAGUAUGUAUCAAAUUCGUUAGCUAAUGGUCAAACUCAGUUUGCCUCGUAUUUCGGUACUCCAAACAAUAAUGUCCCUGUUGUGGCUGAAGAUAAAAAGAUUGAAGGAUUAGUUGAUCAAGAGCAAUUUAGACAACAAGAAGCCGCUGAUUCUUCAUUUGGAGAAGACUCCAAGAUGAAGCCAGGUCAAGAUAUCUUGGAACAAGCCCAAGUUGCUCAACAUCAAGACUUCCAAAAACAGCAAGAAGCUGGUGCUAAUGCGGCUGCUCCUGCUGAUGUUCCUGUCCCAAUGCAACCUGCUGCAUCUGCUGCUGCCCCAGCUGCCCCAGUUGUUUCCAAGGAAGAUAUGGCCAAGAUGAGAAAAAUCACACCAGAAAGUUCUAUUGGUAAAUAUGAAACUGAUACUAUUUAUAAUGAUACUAUGGAAUAUAUCAAGAAGUUCUCCGGUAAGCCAGGUGAAAAAGUUAAGGCCUGUAUGGUCUCUCUAGUGAGAAAUUCUGAAGUUCAUGGUAUGGUUAAUACCAUUAAGAGUUACCGUGAAAGAUUUAUCUCAAAAUACCCUUACCCAUGGAUCUUCUUAAACGACGAAGAAUUUACCGAAGAUACUAAAUCAAAACUAAUAGAAGCCUUACCAGGUAUUGACGUUAAAUUUGGUCUUGUCCCUACUGAUCAUUGGUCAUACCCAACUUGGAUCAACCAAGAUACUGCUGCUGCUUGUAGAAAGAAGAUGGGUGAAGAUGGUAUCAUCUAUGGUGAUUCCGAAUCUUAUAGACACAUGUGCCGUUACCAAAGUGGGUUCUUUUGGAGACAUGAAUUAUUGGAUGACUAUGAUUGGUAUUGGAGAGUAGAACCAGAUACCAACUUACAUUGUGACGUUAACUACGAUGUUUUCCAAUGGAUGCAAGAUAACAACAAGAUGUAUGGUUUUACAAUUACUAUCCAUGAAUAUUUAGCUACUAUUCCAACUUUAUGGGAUCAAACUAAAAAAUUCUUUAAAGAAAAUCCUUCUUAUUUGAAUAAGGAUAACUUGAUGAAAUUUGUUUCUCAUGAUCAAGGUGAUUCUUAUAACUUAUGCCAUUAUUGGUCCAAUUUCGAAAUUGCCAAUUUACACCUAUGGAGAUCCCCAGCUUAUAGACAUUACUUCGAUACUUUAGAUCGCGCAGGUGGGUUCUUUUACGAAAGAUGGGGUGAUGCUCCAGUACAUUCUAUUGCUGCUUCCUUAUUCCUACCAAAGGAUAGCAUCCAUUUCUUAAAGGAAAUUGGUUACUGGCAUCCUCCUUAUAACAAUUGUCCAAUUGAUGACGAAUUGUUCAGAUCCAACAAUUGUGAUUGUGAUCAAAAUAAUGAUUUUACUUUCCAAGAUUAUGCUUGUGGUAAAGAAUAUUACGCAGCUCAAGGUUUUGAAAAACCUUCAAAUUGGGAACGUGCCCGUAGUUAA